UCCAUAUCAUCAGGUGUUGUCCUUCACUAAUGCUAUAAAGGCAUGAACUAGUGCCACAGUCAGCUUUUGCACUGAACACAGGAGGCAACUGACAUCUCCAGACCAUGCUGCCUGCAACAUUCAAACUGUGCUGUGGGAUCUCACAUGAUCACCUUCGAAGCAUAACUGGCCUGAAAAGAACAGCUAUGGCAGCUAUCGGGCAUGACCUGCAAGGAAUGAUGUUAAAAGGAUCUCACUGUCUUCCUUCUAAACUUCCCGGCUAUGUUCAGAGGUUGAUGUGGAAAGAUACUGCUGGGACUCAAGAAGAUGGCACUGGCAUCAGCUCUGUCUGGUUUUCAAGCACAGAGCUGUCUUAUGUGAAUCAAGGAGAAGUUACCCUGCACAGAGCGAUGGAGAUACUGCAGCAGCAAAAUGGUUGGCAGAUGGAAACAAAGCAGGGAAAUGGAGAUGCAGUGCUGAGUACAGUCAUCCCACAGCUUGGCAAAGUCUUCCGAAUAGAGGUGGUGUUGGCUGUUCCAAUGGACCAAUUGUACCAUGAGCUGUUUGAGAGCCUGGAGCGAAUGCCUGAGUGGAACCCUACUCUCAGUCAAGUCAAGAUUCUACAAAGAAUUGGGAAGGAUACCCUGUUGACUCAUGAAAUUGCAAGUCAGAGCCCCGGGAACCUUGUUGGCCAAAGGGACUUUGUCAACAUACGGCGCUGCUGGAAGAAAGAGACAGCAGUGUAUUUGGUUGGCACUGCGGCCUACUCAGAACUUAUCCCACUGCAAGAGGAACAAGUCAGGGCUGAGGCCACACUCAGCUGCAUUGUUCUGCAACCACUGGAAGAGAACCCAAUGCAGACCCGUUUCACCUGGCUCUUGAGCAUGGACCUUAAGGGAUGGAUCCCCAAAUCUGUUAUCAAUUAUGUCCUGCCACAGUCGCAAGUAGAUUUUAUCAAACACCUCCGCCAGCAUCUCUCCAUUUCAGCAUGGCCCUGAGCUUCCAGGAGGAUGGACUCUACCUUGGUACAAAACUGCUAUAAGAGGAGAAGGAACUCUCAGAAAGCAUGGUGAAAGAGAAGGGUAUCCAUGGUGUUCUGUUGCUGCUACAGUCAUGCAGGCAUGACAGCUGAGGUGCAGAACUCUGAACCCAAUGACAAACAUCCCAGUGUUUGGAAAGGAUUAAUCUCUGGGGUUUGGCUUUCAGUUGAUAGCACAGCUCAUAUCCAACAGUUUACUUUGUGCCUCUCUCUACUUAUAACAGUCUCCUCCACUACUUUUCUUGCAAGAAUUUGGCUGGGUAGUUCUGCCAGCAACAAACUUUUGUAGUCCCCCAGCCUCUGCAGUGAACAUGGGCAACUUGGAAAGCAAAAGGGACCUCAAUUACCAGCGUGGUCUGUUCUGACUGAAAGUGGGGAAAUGUCAUCAAAGCAGUUUUUGCUGUUAAAUUACUGAGGUGGUAUGUUCUAAUCAAAUAGUAGGGGAUGUGUUCAGGAACCCUAAGUGAUAUCCCUGUCUGUCAGCUCACCACUGUUGAUAUUAAUGAUGGUGUCUGGCCCCCCCUCUUGUGAAACAUCAUCUCUUGCUGUACUGACCCAUUGUAGAAGGGACAGCACGUAACACACAUUUAAUACUUUUUCAUAUAAGCUUUCAUUCCAUACUUUCCCUGUUUCAGUGUUUCCAGUUAUUGUUCUCAUUAUUUACACUAUCAUCAUUUGUAAACACAGACUCUGAUUUUGUUUCUGGAUUUGUCAGUCACAGUUUCUUUAAAAAGACUAAACUGUUUUAUUUUUCUGUAUUUUGAUAGAAUCACAGAUAGUCAAAGACACUUACCUCACCAGUCUGAGGCCCUGUUUUGAUGGGCAGAAAGGGGUAUUUUCAUUUUACGCUAGCUCUCAAUUUGGCUUAAUACAAUUGGAAAGCCCACAGGAGGAUGUAGAAUAACACAUCUGAAGCCACUUUAGCAAUCUUUUGGUUGGCCAAGAUGAAGUUCAGUGGCUUGUGUAGGAAAUUUAAGAAUUUAAGAAAAAUUAUCCAAAUUAACUUUUCAAAUAGAUUAAACUGCAUUAAACCUCUUUGUGGACACACUUAUUCAAAUUGAAAGUAGUCUUAAUUCAACUUCAUUAAAUUUUCUUUAAAAGUAAAUUAUGUCUUAGUAAGGCCUCCUCAUUUCAAAUAAGUGUCCAUGCAGCAGCUAAUCCCCUUAGAACCACAUUUUUAGUACAUUCAGAUUAAGUAUCCUGAGUGUCCCAGUGUUGGCAAACCUUAGUUAAAACAUGAUCAAGUAACAGUUAUUCAAAAGGAUUAUCCUGCCUUUUGAGAGAUUUUGAAUUCUUGAAGCUGGGUUAAUUGAAUGGCUGAAAAACAACCCUUUCUGUCUACCACAGCUGAGUUCAGGAAUUACAGUGCAGAGAGAAAAAGGGGGGUACUGCAGUCAAAUCCAGAGAUGCUUCAAUUCCAUCAAGGUGUUCCACUGACUACCUAAUUUGUGUAAGAGUGGAGUUCAGGUCACCAGGCACCUACAUAGUGGGAUUUCCUGGUAAUUAUGUGACCACAUCUUUACAAGUAGAAUAAACCCUACUAGCUGCUUCAAAAUAGUAGCUAAAAACCAAUGUGAACAAUUGCCUUGGCUUUCUCACCGGGGUGCCUGUUUUAGAAAUAGUGUUGCUUAGUUAAAUGAAUAUUUUGGUUAACAGGAUGAAUCUGCACAGAACAGCAAAGCAUAGUUAAAAACAAACAUUGCAAUAGUGAAUCUGAAUCCUUCUAGGCUGUGGAAAAUGGCACUAUUACAGCCAUUUCAGUGUGACUGCUAAUUUAUCAGUUUGCAUGUUUUUUGGGUGUCUUAUUUAUUGAGCAGGAAUACCAUCACAAUGGCUGUAAGUCUUGGUAAGAAUCUGCCAGCUGCAUACAAACAUUACUAGCUGAACUAAAAUAAAGAAACAAUGUGUGGUCUCCUUAUGGCCAGGAAUAAUGGAAUGUGCCUCUCAUUUAUACCCCAGUUUGGGGGAUGGGAGAGGAGGAAGGUUUGGUGAACAUAAUCCCCAAUAUGGACAAAGGCUUAAUCUUUCGAUGAUACAUUCCACUACAUCCCUCUGUUGCUCCAGCUUUUUGGUAGCUCUGUUUCUUUUUAUACUGUAGUUUGCAAAUGUAUUUGGAGGCUUGGUUCUCAGUUUGAUGUCUCACUGAAACCCUGAAGCCGUGACAUCUCCACAUGCUUUGAAGCACUGAUCUCAAAGAUGUAGGUAGAAACCAACCUUUGACAAGAAAGAAGGUACUAAUUAUGCUGCUCCUCACCCCAGAGCCUGGGCCUUUAGUCCCCAAUGCCUGUAUAGCAUGUGUAUGUUAUGCAGGCAGAGGAACACCAUCAGAAUACUCAUCGGAUACACUUUACACAGACACAAGACAGUGGAGAAUCAGGAUCAGAGCAUCUUCUAUGCAAGGGUCUUAUAUGCUAGAAGGAGGUGCAAUGCAUCUUUAUAGCUGGACUUUUAUUUCUUCUAACAAUAUGACUUCUCCCCUUAUUCCUUUCCUCCCCUCCCCCCUCUUUUCCUUAUCAUUCUUUUGGAGCUCAGAGUGAAAGCCACUUCCUGCACAUU